GGUUAAAUUGAACAAUAGUUGAUCAGGGGAAUCGUGUUCCUGCUUGCUGAUGAGGCGUACAAAGGUGCCUCCCACAUUUACUCGACAGCAGCAACCGCUGACAAGGCUGCAACCUGGAAUCUAAGUUCACCACUUUUAAAGCGUCUCCUCCUCACUGCGGCCAUGACGGAAAGCUUUGAGAAAGCAGCGAGCGAGGCGAAGAAACUGAAAACACAGCCUAACCGUGAAGAAGUGAAUGAGCUGUAUGGGUUAUACAAGCAGGCCACGAAUGGGGACCUUGCGUCUGAUCGUCCAGGGAUAUUCGACAUCUUGGGAAGACGAAAAUGGGAUUCAUGGAUGGGAAAGAAAGGUCUGUCCAAAGAAGAGGCAAUGGCCGCCUAUGUUGAAUUGGUGGAGAAGCUGAAAAGAAAAUAUGGAAUCUAAAAUCUUGUUCUCACAAAUAAGUCUCAUUUUCUUUGUAAUGUUGUAGCCCAUUUAAAAAAUAAUGCAAUGGCAAUUUUUAUUGAUUGAUUCUAUUGAUUUGUAUUCUGAAAUUGAAGCUCGAGUUAAUCGUAUGGUAGCACUUAAAUUUCAAUCGUAAUAUAUUAAAAAUAGAUCCACAUUUGUACAGACAAUUGUUAUCCAAAGACUAUUUUGUGGGCCUCUUUUAAAAAAAAAUUUCAGCGUGUACCUGAAGCAUAAUGCAAAACAGUGUGCACACGGCACAUUCUUGUUUGCCGUCUGCAUAGAUGUUGACAUCGAAAUGACUUCGAUCCAUCCAUUUUACAAUCCGCUUAUCCUCACAAGGGUCGCGGAGCGUGCUGGAGCCUUUCCCAGCUGUCUUCGGGCAGUAGGCGGGGAACACCCUAAACUGGUUGCAAGACGUUAACAACGUACACAAAGACAAACAACCAUUCACGCUCACACCAUCAACCUGCCACGCAUGUUUUUGGCACUUAACACUAGCUAAAAACUGCUCUCUGUGCACAUAUACAGUAAGGGUAGAACAGUUCACUAAAUCCAUGGUGUGGUUCCGUUCUCGGUUUGUGCUCAUGGCUUUAGGGUCUUAGAAGAAUCUAUUGCCCUGUAGUUUCACAUGAAAAUGUGUAAUCACAGCAUUAUUUUUAAUUACCGGUACUAGGAUUAUUAUCGUCAUUGUAGGAUUAUUAUUUGAAUGAUUUUCAUUCUUUUUCUAUUCUUUCCAGUGGCACAAAGUGGCAAGUAUAACAAAUAACUGCACUUCAGCUGGAUGGUAAAAGGUACAAGCAACCACCAUCUGUAGCCAACUGUUGCCCUUCAGUCAUGUUUCUCUGCAUCAGCUUUGUAUUCAACUAGACAAGCCGAAACUGAGCGAGUGCAUUUGGGAUCAUUAUUUCAGUAUCCAUAAUUUUGUGAUCUUUGUUUGGUGGUUUACCAUGAGGUUGUUUCUGAUGCAAAAUAUGUGUAAUGGCACUCCAGGUUGGAAAACAUUGACCUAAUUAGUCUCCUUAACUGUGUGGGUUUUCUCCGGGUACUCCGGUUUCCUCCCACAUUCCAAAAACAUGCAUGGCAGGUUGAUUGAACACUCCAAAUUGUCCCUAGGUGUGAGUGUGGAUGGUUGUUCGUCUCUAUGUGCCCUGCGAUUGGCUGGCAACCGGUUCAGGGUGUCCCCGCCUACUGGCCGAAGACAGGUGAGAUGGGCUCAAGCACCCCCGCGACCCUUAUGAGGCUAAAGCGGAUCGGAAAAUGAAUGAAUGAAUGAAUGAAUAUGUACUGUAUAUGUGUAAGCGUGUGUACAGUAUGUCGUUUUUUCAUGUUGUCAUGACGGCGUGUAUACUCUAAUAAGGCUGUAAAGAA